UAUUUUCUUGUUCACCAUGGCUUCCUUUCAUCCGAUCCUCUUCUUCCUCUGUUACCACUUCGUGUUUACUAGCAAUGGUGCAGCAGCUUCUCGCAGAGUCUUCCUAUUUCCAGAAUCUGAUCAGGAGACCUGUUCUAUUGCCAGCAACCAAUAUAGAACUGCAUACCACUUCCAACCUCCUAAGAAUUGGAUGAAUGACCCAAAUGGACCCAUGUACUACAAUGGCAUCUACCACCUCUUCUACCAGUACAACCCCUUCAGCGCAGUGUGGGGCAAUAUCACCUGGGGACACUCCACAUCCACAGACCUCAUCAACUGGACACCACAAGAUCCUGCCAUCAAACCGAGCAAGCCUUUCGACAUUAAUGGAUGCUGGUCCGGUUCUGCAACAAUCCUUCCUGGCAACAAGCCUGUGAUCCUUUACACAGGCGGUGACACAGAGAACCGGCAAGUCCAGAAUGUCGCGAUCCCGAAGAACCUGUCGGAUCCAUUCUUGAGGGAGUGGAUGAAGCCUGAUUACAACCCGCUAAUGGAACCGGUCGAUGGGAUCAAUGCAAGCCAGUUCAGAGACCCAAUGACUGCUUGGCAUGGCUCUGAUGGCCAUUGGAGGGUGGCUGUGGGGGCUGAGAUCAAACAGGCAGAUAUUGAAGUAGAUUUUGAGCUACCAAACCUAGAGAUAGCAAAGCCCUUCGAUCCUUCUUGGCUGAUAGACCCUCCAAAGCUUUGUCGUGACGAGGAUACUUCUGUUCAAGGUGGGCUUGGGCCCUUUGGGCUGUUGAUCUUGGCUUCUCAUAACCUAGAGGAACACACUGCUGUCUUCUUCAGGGUAUAUAAUAAAGCUCACGACAGAUACAUGGUUCUUUUGUGUUCUGACCAAAGGAGGUCCUCUUUGAGACCAGAAGUUGACAAGCCAGCAUAUGGGAGCUUUGUGGAUAUAGACAUAAAAAAGGAAGGAAAGAUUUCUCUGAGGACCUUGAUUGAUCAUUCAGUUGUAGAGAGCUUUGCUGGUGGAGGGAGAACAUGCAUCACUGCUAGAGUUUACCCUGAAGUCCUUGUGACAGGCGACAUCCAUCUAUAUGCAUUCAAUAAUGGAACCGAGACCAUAAAGGUUUCAAAACUUCAGGCAUGGGACAUGGCCAAACCUUGGAUAAAUGUAGAAGGUGAAUAGAUAGUCAUGAGAAAUCAACAUGGAGGAGACCAAUGGGUCAUAUUCUUAAUUUGUCUGAAGCCUCAUUCGAUUCAUGUGAACAAUGUGCUUGCUGGGCAUGCUUAGUUUAUACAAGGAAUGCUCAGACAUCCACACGUUGUAUGUAAACUUUUCAAAUAAAAUUUGAUACGUUUGAAACCUA